GUGGUGUAUAAGGUGGCUAAUGGUUUAGAAAUAGAAGCUAGUGAAGCUAAGACUUUUCCAAGUUGCACAUGCGGAUAAGAAGGUCCCAAAAGACAAGAAUUGUUAGAUAACAAAUUGCUGGCUAAUGGACACAUCUGUGGAAAAUUUUUGCUAUUGAUUUAGCAGUUUCUAAGGACUGAUUGAGCAGCCAAUGGAAAUGUAGAGCUCAUUUUCUCUAUAAAUAGGUAGGAGCAGGUACUGGAGUAGGCAAACACAUUUGGAGUCCCUUAAUUCCCUUAAUUUUAUUCUCUAUAGUUUCUUUAAGGAUGGCAAGUUCCUAUGUAAUUGGCAAAUGCUCUUCCACACUCUCCUUAACACUACUCAUUGGUUUGCUACUGGCUAGCCUUGAUACAACAGGUGCUCAAAUAGGCGUUUGCUAUGGAAUGCUUGGCAAUGACCUGCCACCGCCCAGGGAAGUUAUAGGUCUCUACAAUCAAAAUAACAUUCGCAGAAUGAGACUCUACGACCCAAACCCAAAUGCCCUGCAAGCCCUUAGAGGCUCCAACAUCGAGCUCAUGCUUGGAGUUCCAAAUACUGACCUUCAAAAGAUUGCUACCAAUCAAGCUGAAGCAAAUACAUGGGUGCAAAAUAAUGUAAAAAGCUUUGGUGAUGUUAGAUUUCGUUAUAUUGCAGUUGGAAAUGAGGUCAUGCCCUCAGAUUCAUUUGCACAAUUUCUAGUCCCUGCCAUGAUAAAUAUUCGCAGUGCACUCUCUUCUGCUGGUCUUGGGAAUAUUAAAGUUUCUAGUGCUAUUGAUACCAGGAGCCUUGGAGAGUCCUUCCCUCCCUCUAAAGGCUCUUUCAAGCAGGAAUAUCGACCAAUUCUUGAUCCUCUCAUCAAAUUUCUAGUGGAUAACCAAUCCCCAUUGCUUCUCAACUUGUAUCCAUACUUCAGUUAUAAAGGCAAUUCAGGACAAAUUCGUCUUGAUUAUGCUCUUUUCACAGCUUCAUCACCAGUUGUCUCUGAUCCACCAUAUAGUUAUCAAAACCUUUUUGAUGCGAUGCUUGAUGCUGUAUAUGCUGCCUUGGAGAAAGCUAGUGGAGGUUCUUUGAAGAUUGUGGUAUCAGAAAGCGGUUGGCCAACUGCCGGAGAUGUUGGAACAUCAGUUGAAAAUGCAAGAACUUACAAUAACAACUUGAUUCAACAUGUGAAAAAAGGGACUCCAAAGAAAUCUGGAAAUCCCAUAGAAACUUAUAUUUUUGCCAUGUUUGAUGAGGGUAACAAAAGCCCAGAGCUGGAGAAACAUUGGGGACUCUUUUCUCCAAACAAACAGCCUAAAUACCCAGUCAAUUUCAAUUAAAAGAGUGCCUAUAGUUAUGUUGCACUUAAUUAUAAGAGAAAUUCUAUAUAUGCAUUGCUAAAUAAGCGCAUGUAUUUCCCCCCUUGAAAGAUGAGGGAAAGAUCUAUAUUUAUACCUAAUUAAUAAAGCUUCACACACAUGGGAUAUUCAUAUGUGUGGUUAAGAAGUGUCAA